CGCGGAGCGGGCCUGGGAUGCCAAGAUGGCGGCGGCGGUGGUAUCGGUCUUUCCGGGUGUGCGGCUCCUCACUAUCGGCGAUGCCAACGGGGAAAUCCAGAGGCACCAAGAGCAGCAAGCGCUGCGUCUCGAGGCUCGCACCGGGCCUGACGCCGCUUGCCUCGCUUUGUAUAGCCAAGAUGAUGUUUGUGUAUUCAAGUGUUCUGUAUCAAAGGAGACAGAAUGCAGCCGAGUGGGAAAACAGUCCUUCAUUAUCACAUUGGGAUGCAAUAGUGUCCUUAUACAAUUUGCAACUCCAAGUGACUUCUGCUCAUUUUAUAACAUUUUGAAAAAUUGUCGAGGCCACAACAUGGAGCAGUCAGUAUUCAGUGAGCGCACAGAGGAAUCAUCUGCUGUGCAGUACUUCCAGUUUUAUGGAUAUUUAUCCCAACAGCAAAAUAUGAUGCAGGAUUAUGUCCGAACAGGCACAUAUCAGAGAGCAAUCCUGCAGAACCAUAGCGAUUUCAAAGAUAAGAUUGUAUUAGAUGUCGGCUGUGGUUCUGGCAUCCUGUCAUUUUUUGCAGCCCAAGCUGGAGCAAGAAAAAUUUAUGCAGUGGAAGCAAGCACGAUGGCUCAACAUGCAGAGGUUUUAGUGAAGAGUAAUAAUCUUACUGAUCGAAUUGUUGUCAUUCCUGGGAAGGUAGAGGAAAUCUCACUUCCAGAACAGGUGGACAUCAUUAUUUCUGAGCCAAUGGGCUACAUGCUUUUCAACGAACGAAUGCUGGAGAGUUACCUGCAUGCCAAGAAGUAUUUAAAACCUAGUGGAAAUAUGUUUCCAACUAUUGGUGAUGUCCAUCUAGCCCCAUUUACAGAUGAACAGCUAUACAUGGAACAGUUCACAAAAGCUAACUUUUGGUAUCAGCCAUCUUUUCAUGGAGUAGAUUUAUCAGCACUCCGAGGUGCAGCAGUAGAUGAAUAUUUCAGACAGCCUGUUGUGGAUACCUUUGAUAUUAGGAUUCUAAUGGCCAAAUCUGUUAAAUACACCGUAAACUUCUUAGAUGCCAAAGAAGCAGAUUUGCACAGGAUAGAAAUUCCAUUCAAAUUCCACAUGCUACAUUCAGGAUUAGUCCAUGGGUUGGCUUUCUGGUUUGACGUAGCCUUCAUUGGUUCAGUAAUGACUGUUUGGCUUUCAACUGCUCCCACAGAACCUCUUACCCACUGGUAUCAAGUUCGGUGCCUGUUUCAGUCUCCGCUUUUUGCUAAGGCUGGUGACACCCUCUCAGGAACAUGCCUCCUCAUUGCCAACAAGAGACAGAGUUAUGACAUAAGUAUUGUCGCUCAAGUGGAUCAAACAGGCUCUAAAUCCAGCAAUCUUCUUGACCUGAAAAAUCCCUUUUUCAGGUAUACAGGUACAACUCCUUCACCACCACCAGGUUCACACUAUACAUCUCCUUCAGAGAACAUGUGGAACACAAGCGGCACCUACAACAUGAACACAGGGAUGGCCGUUGCUGGAAUGCCCACAGCCUAUGACCUCAGCAGUGUGAUUGUGGGUGGCACUAAUGUUGGUCACAACAACCUUAUUCCUCUAGCCAACACUGGGAUUGUCAAUCACACCCAUUCCCGGAUGGGAUCCAUCAUGAGCACAGGGAUUGUCCAAGGCUCGACUAGUGGCCAGAGUGGAGGAACUUCAACUGCUCAUUACCCGGUCAACAGUCAAUUCACUAUGGGGGGACCAGCUAUUUCUAUGGCAUCCCCCAUGUCUAUCACCACCAACACAAUGCAUUAUGGGAGCUAAGAAACCCUCAACCCUGAACUGACAGCAUCAGGAAACCAAAUGGAGAAAAAGUUCCACCUCCCUGCCCACUGUAUCUCACCAGUUGGCAGUCAAUUAUCUGGAUCUCUUCUGCCCUCCAGUAGGUUACCCAGAGAUGGUCCAAUCCUUGUACAAUAGAAGACAAAAACCCACUGGCUUAAUAGUGAACUUGCAUACGUUUUUCAUGAAAUGUUGGAAACUUCAACUUGCUCAACCAUGACUGAGUUCCUGUGCUUACUGUGUCUUACAACCAAUCAUGUCAAUAAUAGUAUCGUUCCUCAGUCUGCCAUGACUGAUUGGCAUUAGGCACAGGCUGUAGAUCUGAACUGCCAUAGGGCCUCUAAAAUGCUCUAGGCAGCCCACCAACAACAGAAACUUGAUCAUUUAUUGCUACACUCCCAGUAUUUUAAAUGAAGGGGCUGCAGCUGGCUGUAGAACGGGCACAGGUAAGAAUCCAGGAGCAUAUCUAUCUCAAUUUCUUAGGUAUCCCAGCUCUGGGCUAGUGUUUGUUGCAUUAUUAAGACUUAGGAGGAAUAUCUCCUGGGAAAGACAACCCAUCAGCUUCCUGGUUUUCAGAAAAGCUCCAGCAUCUUACUGCUGUAAGUCUUGGGCCAUGUGAAAAACAUCUGAGUUGAAAGAAGACUGUUUUAUAUGCCACAAGCAUCUUAUCAGCAGGUCUGAUGAUUGCCUGUCUCUUGGGAAUAUUGAUGUAGCAUCAAAGGGUUAAAACAUUUAAAACACAAAUGUACCAAAAAUAUUGUUGCUGGCUGAAUAUGGUUUGUGUAUCAAUUUCCUGUUGCUCAUUUUAAACCUAAUCCCAUUUUCUAGUCUGUUUUUAAGGUGUGACAGCACCUAUGAUUAGUUCCUCCCUUCUGGGCAGAAGUGGAUGCCAAGUGGUUUAGUAUGUAACUUGUCUGCUUCCCACAGUAACCACCAGGAGACUCUAAAUAGAUUGGCAACUGUUAUGGGGUCCCUUUGUAGUACUUUUAUGUGUAAUUUGUAACCCAUUCUUUUUUCCUUCUGAAGAGCCUCAAGCCAAUGUUUCUGAAAGGACUUGACAAGCAACUAUUUUAUGGAGGAGAAAAGUGGUUUACUUAAGGCAAUGUUCUUGGGGUCCCAAUAGUGGCUGAAUUGGGGGGAGGGGUGGGACCAUUCUGGAGAACCUUCAUAGUGACUGGAUUGUGGAUCUAUAAAGCCAGUUGUUGGGUCUGGCUGAUCAAUGAUUUUGUGACUAUUGAAUAAAACUGGGAGGGUUUUGAA